AUGGUUAGUGCCUGCAGCGGCGACGUAGAAGCUGAAAGGAAAGAAAUGGUUGGUGUCCGCAGCGGCGACGUAGCUGAAAAUAAAAAAUGGGUUGACAGACAUCCAGUCGAAGAUUCCUCUACAGAUUUAGAGUAUGACUUUGAGAUGAAGUGGGAUUAUUCAGAUUUCCAGACAUUAGAAGACAUUAGUGAAGAGAGCGACCUAGAUAUUGAAAGUGCAAUGUUAUACCCCUCAAUAAGAAUUAUUCGAUGGUGGACAGGAAACCAUUGGUCUCGCCCUGGGAUUCAUCACCAAAUUAACACUGGUGAUGCCAAACUAACAUGCAUCAGGCAAUGGACACUACCUUAUGCUACAAAGCAGACCAUCCAUCAGCAGUGCGACUCGAUGUUACAAGCAGGUGUGAUAGAGCCAUCCACUAGCCCUUGGCUAAGCCCAACCGUCCUGGUAAAGAAAAGGGACAGCAGCCUGCGCUUUUGUGUCGAUUACCGUGCCCUUACUACAGUAACGGUUAAGGAUACCUAUUCUCUUCCACGGGUAGAUGCAUAUUUGAUGAACUAG